GCGAUUUUUUAGUACAACAACAAAAAUGGCGAUGUACACAAACAGUUUCGUACGGUGCUCCCGGUUCGGGCCGAAUUUGAACGCGGUAGUGCGUGGUUUCAGUGUUGAUUCCGGCCGGAAAUGGCUGCUGCAUCCGUCAGUGAAAUAUUUGUGCUUGAUUGGGGGCAGCCUGGUAGCGCUGAGCUACGCCCGACAUCGCCACCAACCGAAGGUCCACGCACUGCAGCUCCGCAAGGACGAGGUCGCCGAUAAAGCCAUCAAGCUAACGGCCCGCGAGCGUCGCUUCAUCAAGUUCGCCUCGGUAGAAUUCGAUGGCCAAAUCUACAUGACGCCGCAAGACUUUCUGGAGUCGGUCGUCGAACAAGAGCCAAGACCUCGAUUGAAGCGGAAAUCAUUGACUCAGGAGGAGGUACAGAAGCUGAAAGAUGUCACGCCUCAGCUCAAGCACGGAUCUUCUCAGCUAUUUCGCAGUUUGCGUGAUAAGGGCAUAAUCUCCUACACGGAAUACCUGUUCUUGUUGUCGGUGCUCACCAAACCACACUCCGGAUUCAGGAUUGCUUUCAAUAUGUUCGAUACGGAUGGGAAUCAACGCGUCGACAAAGAUGAGUUUCUUGUGAUUCGUCAACUACUGGGAGGAUCACUCAAGGAUCGUGACUUAGACGAAGCGACCCGAAAAGCCCUGCUCCGUCUGGUGUCGACCAAUGCCCAAGCCAAGUUCUUACUGAGAAAGUUCCGGCCAGAGUCCAAAUCGAAAUCGGCACACAAAAGGGACCACGUUGACGAAGCUCAUCACCAAUCGACGCCACCGAAAAGUAGCAAAAGUUUUAUGGAGAAAAUAUUCAGCUUUGCCUGGAAGGGUAAGCGUGGCAUCGAAAGCAAGGAAGGAGAAGAAGCCGGAGAAAAUGAUGAUUACGUCGACGACGAGCAAGGUCUUCAGAGGAAGCACAAGGUUGAUACUACGCUGCAGGUUCACUUCUUCGGCAAGAAGGGCAACCAGGAUCUGCAGUACGAUGGCUUCUACAACUUCAUGAAGAACCUUCAGACCGAAGUUCUGGAACUGGAAUUUUGCGAGUUUUCCAAGGGUCACGAACGCAUCUCGGAGGUUGAUUUUGCGAAGAUUCUGCUGAGAUAUACUUAUUUGGAUACUGACGAAUACGACAACUACUUGGAUCGUCUGCUGGACAGAGAAGCCAAGGAAAAGGGAGUUUCGUUUGACGAAUUUCGUCAGUUCUGCCAAUUUCUGAACAACUUGGAUGAUUUUUCUAUUGCCAUGAGAAUGUAUACUCUUGCUGAUCAACCUAUUUCGAAAGACGAAUUCUCCCGCGCCGUCAAGAUCUGCACCGGUUCGGAGCUGAACUCGCACCUGAUCGACACGGUCUUCGCCAUCUUCGACGAGGACGGCGAUGGGCUGCUGUCGUACAAGGAAUUCAUCGCCAUCAUGAAGGACCGUCUGCACCGGGGAUUCAAAUCGAACGUGAAAUCCGAAGGAUGGGAAGCUUUCAAGCACUGUCUCAAACAGGAAAUGAAGCAAAAUGUCUAAGUAUUUUGGCUCUAAAUAUCACUCUUGCCAUCUCUUCAUCAUCUAGCAACUUCCCCGUAUUUAUUCUACCGUCCGUGUUCCUUGCCAUGUGUGCAAUACUUUGAAACGAUAAAAAUAAUCAAAAGUAUCACAACUAGAUAUUAUACGUAUUCAAAACCCAAAAAUAGGAACGAAUAGCUAUCAGUUUCUAAAACUGCUUUGGUGAACGUAGGAAAAAUUGGUUACUCAUUAAGUUAUUUAUUUAGCUCAAAAUCAUAUUUAUUCGUUGUUAGUUGUUUUGGAACUAGUCAAAUUGUUAUGUUUUGAACAUACCUAAUGGAAUAAAAUUCGCUCCAAUACAUGUGAAAAUUAUCGUUGAAAACGUGUUUGAUGUUGAAUGAAUCCGCAUCUUUUGACAUCAUCGAUCAAAUCAACUUACUUUUAAACGCUUUUAACUUAAAAAAAAAUCACAACAUUUUACCUAAGGCCAAACAUUUUAAAUUGCAUUUAAAUGCUGCAUCAAAUAUGCUUUCCAACCUACGUUGAAAGUUGGCACAAAACCACGGAAUGUUAAAUAAAUUGUUUUCAAUCCCU